AAAAACCCUCCUCUCUUCCAAACAAACAUGGCGCCCUCCCUGAAGCGCAACGUGAAGAAGGCAAAAUCAGAAACAAGUGUCAAAAAAGAUCAAAUUGACCUAAACAAUGUAGUUUUUAAUAUACUUCAAAGCAGAAAACACGCCAAUGACGUUUUCGACAUAUUCGAGUUUCUUCAGUCAGAAGAGGAGAACGAUGUUGUCAUGGCCAUCAACGCGUGCAGCAAUUUAUUUUGCACGCUUUUAGAAAGAAAAGAGCUAUUUAAUGGCAAACUACCAGCAGAAGACGACGCGUUAAAUGGUGAUUAUCAUGCUGAAGACAAAUACCGUAUUUUCAUGAGACACCGUUACAACAACUGUACAGAGAUGCUGCUUGAACACCUUAGUCAUGAACUUCAUGCGGUCCAGGAAGCUUCCUUGUGUUGCCUGAUGAAGUUUGCAGCGGGAGAAGGAAAACACCCCCUCAUGGACUUGGACUGGAGUGAACACCACAGUUUCCCCCGGGAACUGAUACAGUCUAUAGUGGACAGAAUGCUGUCCCAGACGAUGGACAAGUCUCUACUGAUUUCUCGGUUUUAUGAGUUCCUGGAGAAGGAGGAUGUACGCUAUUAUGUCAUGAGCUCAGUCCGCGGGAACAUCGGCCAAGUCAUGGACAAAAGCAAAGGGGAAGUCAUGCCUGUAUACCAACUCAACGUUUUUACUCUCAUGUCCAACAUUAGCGUGCCAAAGGAGCAGUCCAAGCUUUCCAACUUUAUGGUCAAACAGGAAGCAAAACACGAAGACUGGAAAGCUGCAAAACUACUUGAACACAAGCGUACCUUCGAGAGGAUGUGGCUCGGCUUCCUCAAGCAUAAGUUGCCGAGCAACAUGUAUAAAAAGGUCUUGGUGAUGCUCCACGAUGCUAUUUUGCCCCACAUGAGCGAACCCACGAUGUUGAUUGACUUCUUGACUGCCGCCUAUAAUGUUGGUGGCGCCAUCAGCUUGUUGGCUCUUAAUGGACUUUUUAUCCUCGUGCAUAAACACAACCUAGAGUACCCUGACUUCUACAAGAAAUUAUAUAAUCUUCUUGAGCCUUCCAUUUUCCAUGUCAAGUACCAAGCUCGCUUUUUCCAUUUGGCCAACCUGUUCCUCAGUUCCAGUCACCUGCCGUUGUACAUCGUGGCCGCUUUUGCUAAGCGCCUCGCCCGUUUGGCUCUCACGGCUCCGCCCGCGGCGCUCCUCUUUGUGCUCCCUUUCAUCUACAACCUGAUCCGCCGCCACCCGUCCUCCCGGAUCCUCAUUCACAAGCCCAGCGCAGAAGACGAGCUUUUGGAAGACCCUUACCUGAUGGAUGAAGAUGACCCUGCUCAGUGCCGUGCCUUAGAAAGUAGCUUGUGGGAAAUUAAGACACUGCAGAGACAUUACCAUCCAGAUGUGGUCAAAGCUGCCAUGCUCAUCAACACAUCGUUGUCACCAAAUGAGGAUGACCUCAGUGAGGUGCUUGAGAUAACAACAUUUGAGCUGAUGGAUCGAGACUUGAAAACAUCGACCAAGAGCAUCCCCCUGGAGUUUGAAACUGCCACGCGGCUGCUGAGCCCUGGCAAAGAUGUGAUGGGACAGCACUUCUGCUUGGAGUGAAAGAGCGCAGGAUCAAUAUGCAUGAACAUGCCUCCUUUGAUAUCUCAUUCAUUUUUAUUUUUUUAUACACAUCACAGUCUCAGUGUUUCUUGUCGGGAACUCCAAUUCUAUGAAAAAGACUUCACAAAUGAGCAAAACAUGCUGUUAUUUUUGUACUGCAUGUUUGUUGUUCAAACCGUCAAGCAACCGUGUGAAAACAUGCCCCCGAAUAAAAUAAAAGUAAUGAAGCAUA